AGUGCGUCGUGAAUUCGGCAAAACCCUCCCUUCGGUGUUGGUGUUGCAAAAGUCGGAAUACAGCACAAUUGAAACACUCGAAUCCAAAGGCACUCGUUUCCAAAACUAAUCGGUCGCUUGUGGUGAUAGACAAAAAAAGUGGUUCAGUGAAAGGUCAAGCCUGUGGAUUUCUCAUUUCGCGUUGUGACGGAGUUAAGUGAAGAAGAAACGCAUCAUCAACAUGUCUUUUGCACUGUUGCGAAGCAAUAGCCGACCAGCGCUGGCUGCGAUCGAGCGACAGGCCCGGGUUCUCUGUUCCACCCUGGCAAUUGCCGAUUCUUCGGCUAAAACUGCAGGAAAGACGACCGAGAAAAAGGCCUACCUGCAACAUUGCCAACCCGGCAAGAGCUUCGUCUCUACAUCCGUGCGCAAGUACUCGAAGAAGACGGCCGCCCCGGAACGUGCGUACAACAGCGAUUCGGAUUCGGACUCGGAUGACGAGCGCGAAACUACUCCACGGCAGCGUCAGCGUAAGGAGCGUGGCAAUUCCGAGUUCUGGCGGCGUAAGAUGCGCACCCUGCACGGUGUGCUGGAUGUCAACAAGGAUGGGGUCAUUUCGUACGAUGACUUUAUGUUGCUGGCGGAAAAGUUUGCCUCGCUCGGCCAUCUCGAUAUGAAGGCAAAGAACGAAUUCCGUGACAUCAUGAGAACUACCUGGGAAUCGCAGUGGGGAGAAAUUACGCCCUAUAAUCUAGUCACCGUGGAGCAAUACCUCACCGAGAUGCAUCAUGUCGUCAAUGAUAAGGAUCUCAAGAAGAAGGUGCACCGCUUUCUGCCCUACCUGUACAAGGCCGUUGACAAGGAUCGGUCGGGAUCCAUCUCGCUGAACGAGUUUAAACUGUUCUUCCGCUGCCUGGGUCUGACGGAGGAGAAUGCAGCCGUUUCGUUUGCAGUGAUCGACAAAAAUGGCGACGGCCAAAUUACGCUGGACGAAUUCGUCAAGCUCGGCAAAGACUUCUUCGUCAGCGAGAAGGAAGCACACGUGUCGCGCAUGUUCUGGGGACCGCUGGUUGAUCACUAGAGAUCGUGUAUCCAUUGCGAAUCUUCAACAUUGCCACCCAUGCAUGCAUUGCGCAAUCGAACUUACUAAUUAACCGUAGGAUGUGACAAGUGUUUUAGGGUGUAAGUACAUGGUAGCUUGUAAGCUGAUGAUUUGUUCUUUCCUCUGUCCGUUCGUACUCGUUCGUAUACUUUUCCACUCCAUCGCUCAUUUCAUCCAUCAUGCCGGGCUUCUAACCGGACGAGCUUCUAACCGAGAAAAUGUUGUGAACACAAUUCAACAGAAUGUAAGCAUCAUUUGUGAUAGAGCAA